UCAGGUAUCAAUGACAACAAGACAGGACGGAGCAGAUUUUCAAGUCGUCUAUAAGAAGAACGGGAUCCUGCAACUAGCUCUGAAGAUUGAUAAAAAUGAAGCAAGUGAGCUUGACCGACGAUAUACUUUUACUGUUGUCAACGUUCAACCAGAGUGCUUACUUUUGUACUAUGGGCCCUUUAAAGAGAAGCUCGAUUGCUUUUUGUGGGGCUUUCACUACGAGACAAUUGAAAACACCAGCUGCUAUUCGAAAAUGAAGGAAGUAUGUCGCGAUGACAUGAGAAAUUUGUUUGAAGAUGAUGGACCAUGCAAGAAUAAAGAGGCAGCGAACAAAGACACCACUCCUGAAGACGAAAAUAAGGAACAGCAGAAAGAAACUUGGGAAAAAGAAAUUACGCCUAUAGUACCAGCUGCAGCUGUUGUACAGGCCGAUGAUCCCUGGAACGGCAUGCCGGAGGAAAAGCUCUCCGACAGCUGUAGCGAUCUCCGACGGGCCGUAGAGGAAAUGGCAGGCAGGCGCGUUGGACAGAGGUGGUCUGGUGGCUGGAACUCGUGA